UCCUUAAUGUUUUUUUGUGUAUCGGUCUUAAACCCUAGUUUCUUCCUCUGUCUGCGUCUCUUCUCAAAAACCCUACAAACAACCUCUGUAUCGCAAAUUCGAACCUUUUGAAUCUGAAUCAUGCCGCGAAAGAAGAAAACCCAUGACCCGUUCUUCACCAACGAUUCCCGAAAACGCCAAAAGCCUAAUGGCAAACUUGACCGCGACGAUGAAGAAGAUGCCGAGAUAGAAAGCGAUUUUGAUGAAGAUGACUUCUUCACCGGCGUCGACGACGGCUCCGGUGAGGAUCAGGAGGUAGAAACAGGCGCGGAGGCUCGGAAGAGAAUUGCACAGGACUAUAUCCGAAUGGUUCGGCAAAUAGCGCAGAAAGAGAAAGAACAAAAAGACGGUGAGGAGGAAGAAGAUGGUGACGAAGAAGACGAAGAAGGAGCAAGAGACUCGCUCGUAGCUCAGAAGUUGAUAAAGGAACAACAAGAGGAAAGUGGACGCGUCAGAAGAAGCAUUGCUUCAAAGGUGAAAGUAAGUAGUGAUGAAGGUUUUAGGGUGUUGGUGAAGCACAGACAGAGCGUUACAGCAGUGGCCCUGUCUGAGGAUGAUUCGAAGGGCUUUUCGGCGUCGAAGGACGGAGUAAUUAUGCGGUGGGAUGUGAACAGUGGGCAAUUUGAGCGGUAUAAGUGGCCCAGUGAUUCGGUGUUGAAAUCUCAUGGCUUGAAGGAUCCGCAAGGCUCGGCUGCAAAGCAAAGUAAGCAUGUAUUGGCUUUGGCUGCUAGCUCCGAUGGUAGGUAUUUGGCGACUGGAGGACUUGAUCGCCAUGUUCAUAUAUGGGAUACUCGUACCAGAGAGCAUGUUCAGGCUUUUCCAGGUCAUAGGGGCCCUGUUUCUUGUCUGGCUUUUAGGCAGGGAACAUCGGAACUUUUUUCAGGUUCAUUUGAUAGGACAAUUAAGAUAUGGAAUGUUGAAGACAGAACUUACAUGAAUACUCUAUUUGGUCACCAAAGUGAAGUAUUAAGUAUUGAUUGCUUACGCAAAGAAAGGGUACUAACUGCUGGACGUGAUCGUAGCAUGCAAUUGUUUAAGGUUCAUGAAGAGUCACGUCUUGUAUUUCGUGCUCCUGCAUCCUCCUUGGAAUGCUGUUGUUUUGUUAAUAAUGAUGAACUCUUGUCUGGUUCGGAUGAUGGAAGCAUUGAGCUUUGGACUGUAAUGCGAAAGAAGCCUAUUUACAUUUUGAGGAAUGCUCAUGCCUUACUGGUGGAUAGCAUGAAAUCUGACCAAAAGGACAGUGAAAGACUUCCCAACGGUAACAUAGAAAAUGGUUACCACCAUCCUGAGAACCAUCAUUGUGCGUCAGUAUUCUCUUGGGUCAGUGCGGUCACUGUUUGCAGAAACAGUGAUCUUGCAGCAUCUGGGGCUGGCAAUGGUUCUGUUCGAUUAUGGGCAGUUGAAAGUGAUACUAAAGACAUUAAACCUCUUCAUAAUGCGCCAUUGGUUGGCUUUGUGAAUACCUUGGCUUUUGCAAAAUCAGCAGAAUUCUUAAUUGCGGGAGUUGGACAGGAACCUCGUCUCGGGAGGUGGGGACGUAACCCUGAAGCACGAAAUGGAGUUUCAAUUCUUCCUCUUAAGUUGUGAGAUGACGCAAUGAAAACAUUGUACCUCCUCAAUUUUGGUAUACGAAUUGUAACAUUGAGUUGAAUGUCCGUCCGUGAUCUUAAUUAUAUGUAUCGGUUACAUUUUUUUGUUAUAAAUAAUUUUAGUUUUUGCAUGUA